UUUUCAAUUCGUAAAAAUCUAAUUGCAGAAAGAAGAAAAUAAUCGAUCGACAUGGAUUUCGAGCUGAGCUAGGGUUUAGGGUUUGUAGUUUUGUUUGAUUUGAAACAAAAUUAAUCAAAUUGGAGAUAGAUAGAUAGAUAGAUUAUGAUGAUGAAUGGAGCCAAUUCUUUCUACCCUCAUGAUCAAGUUCAAGGUGUAAUGUCGUCGUCGUCUUCAUCCAUGGACCCAAAUCCAGCUGGAUCACACCAAUCCUGGUUUCUUUACAAUCUCUCACUCAUGAAAGAAAAAUUCAACCAGGUCCAAUCCCUAGCCGCCCUUUUCUUGUCGCCGCCGCACGAGUCAACGCCCGCCGCCGCCGCCAUCCCCACAAUGAGUACCUUGAUCCAAGAAAUCAUCUUCACCGCCUCCUCCAUGAUGUUUUCCUGCCAGCAAAUGUCCCUCGCCACCAAUUCCCCCCCUCCGCCGCCCCCGCCGCCGCCGGAUAAUUUUGACCCCCCAGACAACAAACCCGAUCCCGAAACCGGCGGCGGCACCAGCCGCCCCCCACUAUUCCCCGAUUACACAAUCCUAGAUCACUGCACCACAUCGUACAAUUGCAGCAAUCCGACGAUGACGGAAUUAGGGUUUGGAAAUUCCGACGAGAAUCUGAAUUCAGACAUCGUCGAGCUGGCGGCGGCGGAUCUUCUGGCGAAGUACACACACUACUGCGAGGUUUGCGGCAAGGGAUUCAAACGCGACGCCAAUCUGCGGAUGCACAUGCGGGCGCACGGCGAGGAAUACAAAUCGGCGGCGGCGCUGACAAAUCCAAGGAAGACGAAGAAGGAAUCAAUGGAUAAUAAUAGUUGUAAUAAUAAUAAUAUAAAGUAUUCGUGUCCGCAGGAGGGGUGCCGGUGGAACAAGAAGCACUCCAAGUUCCAGCCAUUGAAGUCGAUGAUCUGUGUGAAGAAUCACUACAAGAGGAGCCACUGUCCGAAGAUGUACGUGUGCAAGAGGUGCAACCAGAAGCAGUUCUCGGUGCUGUCGGACCUCCGGACGCACGAGAAGCACUGCGGGAACCUCCGGUGGAGGUGCUCCUGCGGGACUACGUUUUCCCGCAAGGACAAGCUCAUGGGUCACGUGGCAUUGUUCGCCGGUCACGUGCCGGCCAUCAUCCCCGACGCCGCGCCGGUACAUAAUUAAUUAGUUUAUUGGAAUCUUGCGUUUAAUUUAAUUUGGAUCACUAGGUAGACAGAUAGAUAGAUAGAUAGACAGACAUCUACAGGUGAUUGAAAUAAAUAAAUAAAUGGUUUUUAUGUUUGUGCUUCGAUCGGGUUUGUGAAUUCUACACACAUGCGGAAUAAGAUUA